GUUCCACAGCCAGCAUUCGUAGAUGUUUUGUUUCAUGAUGCUGUCAGAAAAGGGAGGAGAGGCAAGUGCCGUAAGUAACGCUCAGUACUUAAUUGAUGUGAUGGCGGAAACACCCGCCGCGCAUCGGGCGCUACACGACUCGACUCGACCGACUCGAGCCGUCCUGGAUGAAGCCGAGAUAAAGAAGAGAGGUGCAUCGUGAUGGGCGGGGCAAGGCGAGGCUUGACAAGCUCGAUACAAAGGUGGACCCCGUUUUUACAUCUCCAACGUCGACGCAUCUUCCCUUAUCCACUACACUUCACUUCACUUCACUUCGCUUUACUUUACUUCACUCCAGUCCACUCCACUCCACUCACUCCACCCCUCCACUCCCUCCACUCCAUCCACUCCACUCCAUCCACUCCACCCCUCCACUCCAUCCACUCCAUCCCACUCCCUCCAUCCCACUCCCUCCACCCCACUCCACUCACUUCACCACACUCACUUCACCACACUCACUUCCCUCAAAGUCACCACCGGGCUGCACUCACGACCACACGCAGCAAAGCAUCUCCAGCUCGUCCAGCCAGCCUUGCAUGCCCCCCCGGCUCCACCCCGACCCCGCCUUCAUCAACAAGGGCGCUGAGCAGCAGCAAGCUCGCUCCCGUGGUGCCCGUCCCCGACCCCGUCCCCGACCCUGACCCGGUCCCCGUCCGUCCCCCCCAUCCCCCCCACGUCAACAUUUGGUGGCGUGUGCGACUGAAGCGAUUCUCAUGCACGCUGCACAGCAUUCGGGCUAGUAAUCCAGAGGACCCUGAAUCUCCCUGUGCUUCGCAAGCUGGAGAAUUCUUAAUCCUCGUUGCCCUGCUCUACCCUGUCCGCGUGGGGACGCCUCGUUACUUUCCUGGCUGUGAGGGGGAGAG